UAGAGCUUUGGGCCAAGCCUUAAGGCCCUAAAAAAAAUGGACGGAGAACUCUCUGUUAUUGAUUGGGCUGUGAUUUUCAAUACCUCCCUUCGCAUACCAAACCUCAGAAACCGAAAAUCCUGAUUAGUCAGUUCAGUAGUAGCCGAAUUGCUUGCUGUCUAAUAUGGAUUUCCCAAACCCUCCAUUCCCCUCAAACCCUCUCUUAUCCCUCUCCUCCUUCAUCCACCGCCUCGGCUCCGAGCUCGCCAGCCGUAUUGAUGAAACCAAACGACUCGCCGGGGCGCUGUCUGUCGGCUUCACUCCUCCUGCCGCGUGCCGCCACCGACCGCUUUUCGCGUCCGUAUCGCAGCCAAAGGCUACCGCUGCUAGCCUGAGCCCUGAGCAGGUCGCGAAAACCUUAGUCGGUACCGCAGUUUACACUGUCAGCAACUCCGACAAUGAGUUCGUGCUUAUUUCUGAUCCUGAUGGAGCCAAGUCGAUCAGCUUGCUGUGCUUCCGACCGGAGGAUGCGGAAGCACUACUCGCUCAGGUUCGGCUGCGGAGAAGAGAGCUUGGGAGUGAGCCUAAGGUCGUGCCGAUUACUCUUGAUCAGGUCUACUCCUUGAAGGUUGAAGGAAUUGCAUUUCGGUUUCUACCAGAUCCACUUCAAAUAAAGAAUGCAUUGGAGCUGAAAGCUUCUGAUACCAAAAAUGGGUUUGAUGGAGUUCCUGUUUUCCAGUCGGAUCUUCUGGUUGUAAGGAAGAGAAACAAGCGUUACUGCCCUGUAUAUUUCAAUAAGGAGGAUAUAGAAAGAGAACUUUCAAAGGUUUCAAGAGCAAGAGGACCAGGUGUUUCUCAACAUAUCAUGGUGGGAAGCUUAGAAGAUGUUCUGAAGAAAAUGGAGCUGAGUGAGAAGAACUCAGGUUGGGAGGAUCUGAUAUUUAUUCCACCUGGUAAAACCUCUUCUCAACACAUCCAGGAUGUGGUGAAAGGAUGAGUCACUACAUAUACUUUUUUAGACAGUAUCCUAUGAAAGAUCAGAAAGUACUCAACACAGUUGGAGUUUUCAAGCUCACGAUUUAUCAGGUCAGCCAUCGUUGCUAAGAAGUCAAUUACCUUCACUGCUUCUCAAUCUGAAGGGAAAAAAAAAAAAGAAGAUGAAAAUAGCUUGUAGCUUUAGGGAUGGAAAACAGUCUUCUUCAAUAGAAAAAUAAUAAGAGAAAAUGGACGAUCAACUAACCCCUGAUUUACUAAGGGGCAACCCGGUUGUCAAGGUUAGAUGCAUAAAUUAUGAAAAACUUUCUACACCAUCUAUAUUUUAUUAUUUUGAUGUUCUUUGGACACAUUGUUGAGUGUUUAUGCCUCCAUGACUGUAUGGUGACUAAGAGCUUAUCACCUUUUUCUUCCCAGUGUAGCCAGCCUUGAGUAGGAGGGAUUUUUUCACAAGGUGCUAACAGGAGCGGAAUGCCUCAUCAUCCUAAUGUGUGCUGAUUUCUACUAGUACACCUGAAUGAAAUUGCCAUUUUAUCUGUCAUGUUAUUCUUAAACCAUUCUACAAUGUCGGGUGGAUGGCAUUAGCAUGUUUAUCCCAUCCUUGAACAUUACAAUGAGAAUUGAAAUUGAAUGCUUUUUUAUUAAAAGAACAACUUGUCA